AUGGACGAGGAGGAGGAGGAAAUUCCUACCUGUCCUCUAUGUCUGGAGGAACUAGACUCCACAGACCGUGCUGUUAAGGCGUGUCAAUGCGGUUAUCAGGUAUGUUUAUGGUGCCUUCACCACAUUCGCGAGCAACUUUCUGCCCGAUGUCCCGCAUGCCGAACUCCGUAUGAGGAACAAAACUUCAAGUUUGCGGAAGUCAAUCCUGAGCAGGCUGCGAAAGAAGCAAAGGAAAGAGCGACGGCAAAAAAGGAACGCGAACGGCGAGAGAAACUCAAGGAAAUUGAAAAGGAACGUGCUCGUGCAGUCGCGGUCUCUCAGCUAAAAGCAAAGAGCAACUUCAAGCAUGCCAGAAUUUUGCAAAGAAACUUGGUCUAUGUCAUUGGGCUCAGUCUGACUUUGGCGAGAGAAGAGGUUAUUCGUCGUGCCGAUAUGUUUGGAAAGUUCGGUCGCAUGAUGCGCAUUCUUGUCAAUCGUUCUCAUCCUUUCAACGCGGAUGCUCCUGGAGGACCAAGCAUAUCUGCGUACAUUCAAUAUUAUCGUGAUUCCGACGCUUCAGCUGCAGUUCGUGGCAUGAACAACGGUGUCUUUGACGGUAGGGAAAUACGCUGCGCGAUCGCCACCACCAAAUAUUGCGAUGUCUUUGCUCGAAACGCGGCUGCCUCAGAUCAGAAUGCCAUGUUUCACUGCGGCAAUCAGUUCUGCAUGUACUAUCAUUCGAUUGCACCCGCGGACCUUGUCCUUACUAGAGAAGAAGUGUUGGCAAGACAACUAGGGCCUCCGCCUCCUGCGCAUCUCUUUUUCCCAGACUCCCGUCGCCCGAACCAUGCCCCCCUUCCCUUUCAUAGACCCGGCCCUCCACAGCCAAUUCCUAUUCAUCCACCACCCAACACUGGCGUUCCACUAUCGACUUCGUCCGCCUCCCAGGGUCGUUCCAUGAUGACACGACCACCGGCAUCGAUGCCAAGUCCAUCUACCGCUCCCUCUAUUCCGUUCCCUCAACAUGGCCAACCUCCCAUUCAUGUAAUCCCCAACAUGAAUGUCCCUUUGUCAAUGCCAGCUACGACGCAAGGAAGCAAUGGUGCUUCGGCUGCUGGUCAGCAAGCGCCUCCAUCUUCGCCUCGCCCGCGAGUGCCUGGGAACGUUACUGCUGGACGCAAGGUUGGUGGCCCACCUCAACCAUUCUCUCCAACACGCGCGCCCGUUCGAACUCCACCUGGGUCCCCCCAGUCUGGGCGAUCGAGUUCUUUUCUUCAUCGCUCUCCGAGGAAAUCGGAACCAGGAUCAGUGCCACUGUCAUCUGCGGGAGCAUCUAGCGCCAGGGGGAAUGGGACCAGAUCGGCCACUGCUAGCGCGGCUCCCUUCUUUUCACCACGAUCCAGUAGAGCUCAGCUCCCUUCAAAUGCUGGGUGGGCGUCGGGUCACAGUCGUAAUUCGUCUCGCUCUCCCCCACGGCGUGGUCCGUCGACUUCUCUCGACGAAUCUGCUCUGUCCACACCCCGUACACCGCGUCGUCUCCCCCGAGAUAAUGCGCCCCCAGGUUUUGAAAGUGCCGCAAGUUCAAGUACCUCGGCGGCACCGUCGCGACCUCCUGGCUUUGACACCCCAGCUUCGCCUCAGUCAUCUAGUGGCAACCGAGAAGGAGCAGUAACAAAGUCUGGUUUGACAAGCGGAGCUCAUAUUUCGGCCCCUCCUGGUUUCGGACCAACCGCAGUUUCGUCACGAGGUAAUGGAUCCGAAGAAACGGAUAGGAACAACGUUGCGGCGGCAUGGUCUCAGGAGGCAACCACCGAUGAGGUGUUUGCCACGCAAGAUCGACGCCCGCGAAGACCCGUCGGGAAGCCAGGUCAGCGUGCUGGUCUUGGUCCUCAGAGUGCUACUGAUUCUGUGCCUGCAUUGGCACAGCUGCUUGCGAAGCGAGGAAAAGAGACUGGUGUGUCAGCGGAGCUUCAGUCCAAGACGGGACCUCUGGAAAUUUCUGACGCAUCCGAAUCUCGUAAUGGACAAUACAACCUUGCGGAUGCGCCACUGGUGUCUCAACCACCACUUGGGUCUUUGUUUGGGAAGUCGUCGCAAGGAGGCAAAGUACCCCCGUCAGAUGUGGAUCGUCGCGUGAAGAGCCCCGAGUCGUCCUCGUACACAUCCGCGUUUUCUGUACCGCUGGGACGUACUGAGACAUCCAAACUUCAGGAAAGCGCGGCCGCAGCAAGACGGAAUAGCUCUCGGUUCGACUUUGCAAGACGUUCGGUCCCUGAGUCACUCUCUGAGUCAACUCAUCCCUCGACUCAGUCAAUGAGCAUACCGUCUCUUGAGCGUGGUGCUUCGAAAACGACUUUCGGCAAAGUGGGGGGGUCUGCCGUCCCGAAAUCUAGUCGCGAUGAGUAUGCUUUUGCUGAAAUGAACCCGAACUUUGUUCAGGGCUCGUCUGCGGUAACUUCUACUUCGCACGCACUGAAACAGGCGCGCUCCAGAUUUGGAUUUGCGGAGCAGACGUCCUCUCCGAAGUCAAACCAUACGCGUCCUCGGCCUGAAGGGCUGGAUUCUACAGCAAACGGGGAAGGGCUGAGCAGCGGAUUUGAUGGACCGUUUGCGAAUCUGUCUACUGCUGAGAAGCUGGCUUCCCUCUUUCAUCGGGCAGAAUGGUCGGGCGAAAGGCUACCCCCAAUGCCUACGCACGAGCCUCAAGUAGAUCAAUUGGCCAGCGCAGAUCAAGUACUGGACCCAAAUACAAGUCACAAUCGCCCUGUCACUGCAUUACCAAUUCCCGCAGCCGUACCAGAUCAUGGAGAGAUACGGAAAAAUUCACCAGUAUCUCGCUCUCGCCCAACACAAUAUGCCCCCCCGGGUUUUAGGGAGGCCACGCCUGACAUUUCGCCAGAAACCACUGCAGUCGACAACAAGACGACUACCGCGGGCGUGGCCACUAAAGUGGCAUCUGGCGGCUCGACACGCAAUGCUUCUGAAGCGCUGUCACCUGUUCGAACGGACGAUACCGUUAGCUCAGGUACUGAAAGCAUUGAGGAAGACAGAAAGAGAAGUCGAGCACAGAGGAAAAGAGACAAAAAGGCGCGGCAGCUGCGAGAAGCGGCUGAACGGAAGGCCCUGGAGGUGUUGCCCCCAAGCACGGUACCCGUGCAAAGUACCGAUGCCUCUACAAAGUUAAAGGACCAACAGCGCCUUGCUGCAUCUGUGAGCGGUCUGAGGGAAAUGAAGAACACGUCUCCGGGUCAGAUUAUAUCGCAAGCGACAGAGCCAUCGAAGCAUCUCAAGCAAGCGAGAUUGACGGACGAUCCUAGCAGAUUCAUGUCAGUCUCAGAGCUAGAACGCGAAGUGGAAGCGGCUAGAGCGCGCGAAGCGCAGCUGCAGGACAGACUUCAAGAGUUGCAGAGGCGUAUUCGGAACUACGAUAAUGUGCGAACUUAG